AUGGCCAAUAAAGUACCAAACGUUAAAUUAAAUAACGGACAACUGAUGCCAGUGUAUGGUUAUGGUACGUGGAAUUUUUUGAAGGAAAAUCAAGUACGUGAUGCUGUACGUGUAGCUAUCGACGUUGGUUAUCGCCAUAUUGAUACUGCUGCUAUCUACAAAACAGAACCAGAAAUCGGUGAAGCUGUAGAGGGUAAAAUUAAAGAUGGUGUUGUCAAACGAUCCGAUCUCUUCAUCACAUCAAAGCUUCCCAAUACUUACCAUGAUCCAGAAUGGGUUGAAGUUGCAUUGAGGAAGAGUUUAAAAGAUUUAAGGACUGAAUAUCUAGAUUUGUAUUUGGUGCAUUGGCCAUUUGCUGUGGAUGCGGACGACAGAGAAUCUUAUUUUGAUAUGAAGGGAUUGAGACCAUCAAAGGUUACACUGCUGGAUACUUGGAGGGCAAUGGAAGAACUGGUACUAAAAGGUUUAGUUAAAAGUAUUGGUUUAUCUAAUUUUAAUGCUGAACAAGUUGGAAGAAUAUUGAAUGAUAAAAAUCUCAGAGUAAAACCAGCUGUCAAUCAGAUAGAAAUACAUCCAUAUUUUACCAAUACAGAAUUAGUUGAUUAUUGCCAGAAAGUUGGAGUUGUUGUUACAGCAUAUUCACCAUUAGCUAAAGGAGGGGAAGAAAUUACUGAACAAAAGCCUCCUGAUACACUUACUGAUCCUACCAUAGUCAAGAUAGCUAAAAGACAUGGCAAAACUCCUGCUCAAGUUGUAUUAAGAUGGGGUAUUGAUAGAGGUUAUACUCUAGUACCAAAAAGUGUUACACCAUCAAGGAUUAAAGAAAAUUUAGAGAUAUUUGACUUUUCGUUGACAUCAGAAGAAGUAAAAGAAAUCAAUGGUUUAAACAGAAAUUAUAAAUGCAUUAAUUAUUUACCCUUCAAAGGCUAUCCAGAGUUUCCCUUCACUUGGUUGAUCUAGUUGAAGAUAAUUCCAGAAAACUACUUUGAAAGCUUCUACAUUAACACAAAUGACUUAGGCCAAACUUGCCACUUAUGCCAUUGUUUUUAUCAUUGUUUUGUGUAUUUUGUACUUGAAAUUUGCUUAUAAAG